AAGGAUUUUCUGAAAACGGCAGGUUCCCACGAAGUCGCUCCGAAAAACGAAACAAUUCGACGAAAACCACUGAAAGCAACACAUCACAAAUUGUUCUUUCGUUAUUUGCGUUGUGACUCCCUCCCCCCCCCCCCCCCCCCGCGCGCGCUGCAAUACCGAGCUGUCGCCAUAACGUAUUGCCAUACUGCUUCCGACCUCGCUCUUUUAUCGCAUUUGAAAAACAACAAUGAUUCCUCCAAGAGAGGAUGUCACGGCUUCCGAAGAAACAGGAACCCUUUCUGCAGGUACCAAAGACGUUGUUCUGGGAUCGGAAGAACCCGGUCCAUUCGUUUUGGAAGUCGAUCCCGAGCAGAAAUACAAGGCAAAGGACUUCAAGAUCUGCUCCUUUGCCAGACCUCAUAUGAGGGCUUUUCAUGUAAGCAAAAAAUGCUGCCCUUCACGACAGAGAACCAUUUCCACGACAGAACUCACCAAGCACAACCUUUUCAGUAUUCGUGGUGGUCGUUCUUCAUUGCCUUUUUCGAUUGGUUUUCGAUAGCACCAAUGUUGCCGGAAGUGAAAAAAAGUCUCGGAUUGACAAAACGAGAGAUAUGGCUGUCGAACAUAGUUGGUGUCGGUGGCGACAUCGUAAUGCGUUUUGUCUUUGGUGCACUCACCGAUAAGUUUGGGCCUCGCAUCUUGAUGGGGGUAGUCUUGAUUUUCACGAGCAUUCCUACCGCUUGUACAGGAUUAGUAAACAAUUUUGUGGGAUUGUGUCUCGUGAGAUUGUUUAUAGGGUUUGGUGGAGCGUCCUUUGUCAUGUGCCAGUGCUGGACGACCGGCAUGUUCACCAAGGAAAUUGUCGGUACAGCAAAUGCUCUCGUUGGAGGAUGGGGAAACGUCGGUGGAGGUGCUGCGCAACUCGUCAUUGGAACUGCAUUGUUCCCGCUCUUCAGAGACGUCAUUUUUUCCAAUGCUGAAGACCCCGCCGAAAAAGCCUGGCGAGUUGUUUGCAUUGUCCCCGCCGUUGUCACUUUGCUGACCGGUGCGCUUGUCAUAUUUACCAGUGAGGACUGUCCGGAAGGAAACUAUAAAGAUCUCAUCAAGGAAGGAAAAAUGACCCCCGUGUCGGCAAGCGUUUCCUUCCGUCAGGGUGCAGUCGAACCCAACACUUGGUUGCUUUUCAUCCAGUACGGCUGUUGUUUUGGAAUCGAAAUCACGAUGAACAAUGCUGCCACUACUUAUUUUGUUGAUCGAUUUGAUCUUCGCACCGAAACCGCAGCUGCUAUAGCUUCCAUUUUCGGAUCAUGAAUAUUUUUGCUCGAGGCAUUGGAGGCUACUGCAGUGACAAGGCAAGCGAAAAAAUCGGAAUGAAAGGUAGACUUUGGG